UUGGCGCACCUCGAAGAUCGAAGACUGGGUCGAGUGUUAUGUUUUCCAUCUUGAUAUAAUUAACUUCCUAGUGUAUUUACAAAUUUAAGAAUUCUUUUACUUUUAUUUUAAUAAUUAUACAGCCAGUUACUGAAAUUAACUGUAUUUAUAUUUUAUCUAUAUCUUAAAUUUAUUGGAUUAACGUAUGCUUUAUAAAAGCAAAGAUAACUUAUUUGGUAAAUAAUCAAGAAGUUGUUUAUAUCUAAAGCUAUGGUUCUCACAUUCUACUUGGAAAAUUAAUUUUUUUUCCAUAAAUAAUGCCUCCACCACCACCUCCACCUCCACCAAGUGCACCUCCUCCUCCUAAAGUUAAUACAGAUGGUGGUGUUAAAAAGACUGGAGGUGGAGGAGAUGCUGGUGCUGGAAGAGGUAUGCUUCUUUCAUCAAUUCAAACUGGUGCAAAGCUGAAGAAAACUGUCACUAAUGAUCGCUCUUCACCCCAAAUUGGAAAAGUGAAUAAUGGCCCUUCUGGUGGAAACGAAUUAUCACAUGGUGUAAAGGAAGCAGGCUCAUGUGGUCCUCCCAUGUCCGGAAUGUUUGCUGGUGGAAUGCCGAAACUUCGCCCUGCUGCUGACAAAGGGAAGCCUGGUGGUGGAGGAGGAGCUGCUAUACUGCCACCUAAUAAGCGAAGUCCUCCUCAAAACAAUGAAUCAAAUCAGCCUCCAAAUUCAUAUCCUUCUCCAAUAAAUCCAACAAGUUCUUCUGGAAAUCUAGCUGGCCAAAGAUUACCUACACCUCAAACUAAUUCCAAACCACCACCUCCUCCAUCCAGAGAGUUAUCUUAUGAUCAACAAAGGGUGGGAGUUGCAUCAUUGCAAAAUGAUUCUGUUAGUUUACCUAUUUCCAAUAAACCGCCUCAGCUUCCUUCAAAUCAAAAUAGGAGUGGUGCACUACCAACACAAACUAAUGUUAGAGGUCCACCACCAAUUUCUGUUAACCCACCUCCCCCUCCACCAAAUCGAUCAAGUGGACCUCCAAAUUCUUCAAGAACGGCCCCACCUCCUCCUCCUUCAAGAGAUUCAUUAAACACUCGUAACUUACCACCUCCGCCGCCUAAUCGAAUGGGUGGGAAUCCAUCUCAAAAUGAUUCGCUCAGAAGAGUAGCAAGCUCUUCAAGUAUUGGUGGAAUUGAAAUAAAUGUAUCUUCCUCAUUCAGCAAUCAACCACCACCACCACCUGUACAUCGAACUUCUGUUACAACUGCACCUCCUCGCCAAAGAAGUGCAACAACAGAUGAUAUACAACCUCCACCUCCGCCACCACCUCGAGGUAGUGGUAUGCGGCAAUCGAUGGUAUUUCCUCCUCCGCCAUCACCUUUGGAUUCAAAUUAUGAAGCACGAUUUCAGUUUUCAAAUGAUUUCCCAGAUCCUGAUCAGUUUCGAAAUAUUCAAAAAACAUACCCAAGUAAAGCUGCUAAAAAUAAUGAGAAAAGUAAAACAAAAUCAAUUUAAUAUACCAAAUCGUUCAGCACCACCUCCACCGCCGUCUGGUCGCAACGCGCCUUUGCCACCACCGCCUCCUCCUCCAAAUAGAAGAUAGAUUGUAUUUCAAGUAUUUUUUUUAGUAUGCUUGCAAUAUUCUCUAUAAAGGGUUUUUGAAAAUGUUUAUAGUUGUUAUGAUUACUUUGUUACUUAGUUAUUGUUGCCAUGACUAUUUAACCAUAAUUUGUAUUUUUUUUAAAAAAAUUUGUUGGAAUUUACAAUUCUGAUUUAUAUACGCUAUUUUUUUAUAUAUAAAUUGUGUCUAAACAGUGUAAAAUUAGAAAAAAGCACACUAAAUAAUUUUUAUGUUGCAAUUAAUUUUUUUAGUUUGUAGAUCUAAACAGGCUGAUCAGGUAGACAGGCAUAUUUAGAUAAAAUUUAUUUUUAGUGAACAUUUAUAACAAUAUGGAUUUUGUUUUAUCGCUAGAAUUUAAUAAAAAAAGUUUUCGCUUUUAUAUAAA